GUUAUUUUCGUUCGAAUUUUAUGGUAGGUUGAGUUGUGUUUCCUCCCCCUUGUGUCACAGUGCUAUGCUUACCUGAUCACUUCGACUUUUCCUUUUUGUUUUUUUUCCUGCAAACGUACUAGGCUUUAGCUAUGCCGGACACCGUCCCUGAAGGUGAACCUUGUACGAAAAAGCCCAAAGUGGCAUCUAUUGAGGACCAAGAAAGCUGUGUCAAAACCGCAGCAGAAGAAAAAAUCAUGACAGAAGAGCAACAGCAAGCCGCGGUAGCAGCUGCUUCCCCGGCGGGAGACCAACAGGCGACGUCCGGGAAUGAUAGUACAAUAGCGGAACCAGACGCCGCUGUCCAAGAAAAGGAGAAAUCCGCCCGCGCCCGGUGGCCCGCCUUGGAGUCCAACCCCGAAACGUUCACCGACUUCAUUCACAAACUGGGCGCUCCGCAGAACAUCGCGAUUCACGACGUGUUCGGCUUUGACCCCGAGCUUCUGAUGAUGCUGCCCCAACCGGUCUACGCGAUGAUCUUUCUUUUCCCGCCGAAAUCGGAACUGUUGGGGGAAAGGGAGAAGAAGACGGAGGAUUUACCGCAGCCCGAGGGCGAGCCGUUUUUCCUCUGGCAAUCGAAGGCGUUGGGAAACGCGUGUGGAACGAUCGCCGCCAUACACUCUCUGAUCAACAACCGCAGCUCGUUACCGUUCACCGACGAUUCCAUCCUUGGGCAGUUCGUCACCGCAACGAAAGACCACACCCCGGGAGAACGAGGGAAAAUUAUGGAGACCUUCGAGCCGAUGCGGAAACAGCAACAGAAAGCGGCGUCCGGGAGGAGUAACCAAACGGAAAUGACGGAGGGCAAGGUGGAUUUUCACUUCGUUGCUUUUGUGGAGAAGAACAACGCGAUCUGGGAGCUGGACGGGGCAAGGCCGAAACCGCGGAAAUUUGCCAUGGUCGAAGGGUUGUCUUUUGGGGAGAGGGUCGGACAGAUCAUUCAAAGCGAGUACAUGGCGAAGAUGCCGGGCGAACACAACUUUUCCACCCUGGCGCUGGCGCCGGCGAUGGAAUAGGAGAGUGCUGUGGGGGUUGAAAUGAGUUUGGACGUGUGACGGGAAAACUUUUUGAAGCUCGACGGGGAAACUUUUUGAAGCCCAGUAUGGUAGUGCUAGUGAUCUAGUGGAUAUAAAAAUUAUGCUGAACAUGAACAGAAGAGAAGACGCCAGACCGCAGCCCCUUCGGUGGAGUAUUUGUUCAAUUCUUUUAGACGUUAUACGGACCGACCUGCUACAACGAGCUUAUUCGCUCUUGUUGAGUGUAUGAGGUUCUGAAUGUGAAUCCUAAUGGUGUGUCGACGUGAUAAUAAACGAAAAAGACCCAGGGCGAAGCGAGUAAGUGUGCCAACUCUCGAAGGCGGUGGCGCCUCGCCCCUGUAAGCGCCGGCUGGGCAGCUCUCCAAGGGCGCGGGCAGUGUUGCAAUUCCCCGCUCGGGGCGGGGCGUGGUGCGAGCCGCCGGCUCAUUACGCGGGGCGCCGGCCGUAAUCACUGGAGCAACGUAGCCGGGCGCAACGGGGCGCCUACCUUUGCCGCCAAUGGCAAGAGCGGCGGGCGCGCGCCCGGCCGCGCGCGCGCUGAGGCCCUUUGGACUUGCUGGGGGGGCCCGCCUGCCUGCCUCGCUUGGGCGGCAGCCCGCUCGGGCCGGUGUCGCUUGCGCCCCCUGGUCGCACCGCUGCGCAGGCAGUCGCCUGCGCCGCCAAAUGUUUGUCACACACUCGACCGACCUCGCGAGCCCCGUGUGGACCCGGCUACUUGUGAACCCAGCGCGAGCGCGGCGCCCCCAUCUAAAGCGCCGGCCCCCCGCCCGGCAGAUAGUGAGCCCGGCGCCCGGGGCGGGCCAGCGGUCCGCCUUGUAGUGGCGCCCCCGCGCCGGGCCGCUUUGGGCGGGCGGCGGGCGGCGUCGCACCUUGGGCGGAGGCCCGGGCGCGGCUCCUCUCCGCCACGCCCGCGGCGCGCCUGCCUCCUCCCGGAGGCCGGCCGCGCCCGCUGCGCUUGGGCGGGGCCCCGUUGGGUGCCUGCUUGUAUGUGGGGCAGCCGGCCAGCUGCCGGAAGUGGAGCGAGGAAGACAAAGAAUCACGCCCAAAGAGUCUGGCCGUGCUUGUGGUCGGGUCGGUUUUUUUUUUCCGCAUUGUGGCGAAACAAUCGGCCGGCGAAGUGUCGACGUGCCAGAAAGGCGACACGUUGCCGAAGGUAGAGGACGCGCGUGCCUGCGUCGUCGCCGAUCCUUUUUAUAGUCUGUCGGGAUCCACUUGGUGGAAAAUAUAGACGUCAUUUCUUUAGGGACGACAAGACCCGCCUUUGCUUCGCGCGGGACGGGGAAAAGAAGGCCCUGGGUGUGGGGGCUUUCUCUCCGCCCCGUCCGCCCCGUUGGUUUUGUGGGUGCCUGCCCAAGUCCGUGGCGUCCGUUCGUCCAUCGUCGCAGCGCCGCCACGCCAGCACUUUGGCCCUGCCAGUCUGCCUGCCCCCCUAUGUGCCAUCCCGCUGGCGCUAGAUAGUUGCCGGCCCGGGCCGGCGCCACGGCCCGUGCGUGCCUGUUCGCAGGAGGGCAGGGUAGCAGCUGCCCCAUGGUCACAAAGAAGCGAAAGACCGCGCUAUCACUUAUUUCCGUGUGGC